UGUAUUAGCUACUGACCUGCUUCCUUUGGCAAUAGUGAAAGGAGAUGUAUUCUUUGUGACCUCAGAAGUUUAAAUUCCAGGAGUAUCUUAGCUGAAUAACCUGAUAACAAAAAUACAAUUGAAUAAUUGUGUAUUGAAUCAGCAAAACUCAUGUGGAUAUAUAUUCAUGCAUAUUAUUUUCAGUUCCUCAUAUAACUCAACUCCAUAUUACCUGGGCAGAUCUCUGGCAGUGCUUUUGAUUUGCAUUGUCCUCUGUAUAUCCAUAGUGAUGGCAGUCCAGCCCCAGCCGAUGGCUGUAGUGAACAUACAGCCAGGCAUGUUUCGGGCCCCUGCUGACAUAAAGACUGGGGUGUGGAGCAGCAGCAUCUGUGACUGUUGUGAUGACAUGAAGAUCUGUUGCUUUGGGUUCUGGUGCCCAUGCUGCCUGAGAUGUCAGAUGAGUACAGACUUUGGGGAGUGUUUCUGUCUCCCACUGCUGGACAUUUUCGUCAACUGUAUCCCAGCUGUUUCUCUGGCCCUCCGGAGCACCAUGAGGGAGAGAUACCGCAUCCAGGGGACCAUAUGCAACGACUGCCUCUUGGUCGCCUUCUGCACCCCCUGUGCCUGGUGCCAGAUGGCCCGAGAGCUGAAGUUACGUCAGCGCACUCACCUCCUCUGCCAUGUCCCAUCCCCUGUCCAGAUCAACAUGCAUCCCCCUCAAGCCCUUUCUCCCCCCUCUAUGUAUCUACAGCCUAUGCCUGUAGGACACUACACCUCCGCGCCACAAUAGAAUAUAGCCAGCAUAAGCAAGAGAUAAAUUAGGGGGUUGUGGAUGAGUGCCAUUCUAGAAUGUGAAACAGGCAGCACAGCCAGCCAACAGUGCAUCACAUAGAUAUCUGUUUUAAAAAAUUAUAGGAAAGCAAACACUUUUAGAGAAAUCUUAACAUUAUCAGGAAAUCAUAACACUAUCAGAAUGACAUUGAUUGCAAUGAAUGAAUUAAAAUAUAAACGUCCUUAAUGUUUUAUAUAGCUUGUUAGACGCUAACACUUAAAAUUACACGAUUAACACAACCAUGCAACUACGGUAUCUGA